AUGAGCCGAUUCGGAGGCUGGCUGCGGUCCAGCGUCAAGAAUGACCCUGAGGCGGAAAAUGCGGCCGCUGCAGCUGCCGAGAAGAAGCAGCUCGAGGACCUGGCUGAUGCGAUGAAGCAUGCCCAGCUCAUCAUGAAUGAUGACCUUGAUGGUGCAUACGCCGCCCUUAAGCAGGGCGAUUCGGUCUUCCACAGCCUGGGCUCCACCGUCACCUUCUUCUUGCGCUCCGUUCUGGGCAUGGAGAAGCAGGUCAUGACGGAUACGUUGGAUAUGCUAUACGACUGCGAGACCAAGUGCGGCGAUGGGAUCCGGACGGCGCAGAAGCGGGGUCGACGGAAGGGAAGCAUCUAUGAGCCGGGUGCCGAGUACGAGCUGGUAAAGUCGCAGACGCUGCUGAUGGGCGCCGUCGUCGGUGUUCUGCAGGAGAGUCUGGUGGAAGCCAUGAAGAGUUUCUUGAAGCUCCGCAAGGCUUACGUGGCGCUCGAUACAAUCAUUGCGGCCGAAAAUAAGGCUCUUGGGUUGGACCAGCAGGCUGCUUCGGCUGUCCCACCACCUGGCCCUGAUCAUAUGCCCGGCCAGUUUGAUGAUGACAUGGCGGAGUUUGAGGGAGGUCCCGCCAAGAAGGAAAGUGAUGACUCUAGCUCCGACGAGUUUAUUGAUGCCAAGGAGGCACCCUCUGGAUUGCAGACACCAGCUGCGUCGACGGCCCUUACGACACCGGAGCCUAGCACCCUAGGAAUUAAUGCGGACAGCAAGCCCGGCGAGCUGUCAACCAAGGAUAUUGAGGCCAUGAGCAGCCUCAGCCUGGAAGAUCCGAUGGAUGUCUUCGUCCAUUCUGGCGCCAGCAUGGGUUUUGGCACCAUGAUGCUGCUCUUGACCCUGGUCCCCCCGUCCCUCGGUCGCGUACUGUCUGUUGUAGGUUUUCAGGGUGAUCGAACAAGGGGAGUCAAGAUGCUGUGGGAAAGCACCGUGUAUGACAACAUCUUUGGCGCUGUGUCUGCCAUGGUGCUCCUUGGUUUCUACAAUGGUAUCCUAGGCACGGUGGACAUCCUCCCCCACGAAAAGGACUUUGACGAGACCGCCCAAACCGUUGGGCCCCCUUCGGAAAAGUGCGAAAGGUUGCUCAAAACUAUGCGACAGCGAUACCCUGAGUCUAGACUCUGGCGUGUCGAGGAGGCCCGUCUGCACACCCAUAGACGUCAGCUGCACAAGGCUAUCGAGGUGCUUUCGUCGGGACCUACUUCCAAGAUGAAGCAGGUGACUGCGCUCAACGAUUUCGAGCUCUCCAUCGACGCUCUCCUGGCCCAGGACUGGAACCUGAUGCGGGAUAGUUUUCUUCGAUGUCUCGAGAACAACGAAUGGAGCCCGGCAAUGUAUUACUUCGCAGCUGGGUGCGCCUCUUUGGAGCUAUAUCGUGAUGCUCACCAUGGUGGCGACACACAUGAGGCGAGGAGGCAAAAGGCAAAGGCGGAGGCGUUCAUCCGCAAGGCGCCGUCGCUGACAGGCGCAAAGAAGUUCAUGGCUAGGAAGCUGCCGUUUGAGGCGUUUCUGCUAAUGAAGAUCAAGCGGUGGGAGGAGCGAGCCGCCGCCCUGAAGGUUGACCUUGCUGAUGCCGUUGGCACUAGCCCGGCCAUGGAGCUGUGCUACAUGUGGAACGGCACUCGGCGCAUGGGUGAAAAGGAGCUCGAGAACUGCAUCCCAUGCCUCUCGUGGGAACGCUGUACGUCUGACAAGGUCGUCGAAACGAUUCGAACGGAGCAAGAUGAGUUGGCUUGCUGGGCGCUGUGCAUGUCCACCAUUAAGAGGACCCAGGGCAAGUUUAGCGAGGCCAGGAGCCUGCUUGACGAGAACAUCAUACCCCAUGAUCCAUCUGUCUUCAAGGGCCCCACAAAGAAUGACUACGUCCUCCCCGCAGCCACAUAUGAGCUUGGUGCCAUCGCCUGGGAAGAAUGCUGCGCUGAUCCACCGGCCGGCGAGUCGGACGUUGCAUCGUAUCGUCGGAGAAAGGCCGAUGAAUGCGAGGCGCAGUUGACCAAGGUGACGGCGUGGGAGGCAUUUUCACUGGACUUUCGCAUCGGUCUGCGCGUGCAGAGUGGGAUGGAGACUUUGAAGUGGUUCAAGACGAAAAAUGGUUGGGCGUAA